AUGAUUACUUCAGAGUGGCUUGGUACACGUUUUCAAUUUGUCGAAUUUGCUGUGUAUCAUGGUUUUCUUCAGUUGUUUUUCCUAGUCAAAUUACUUCAGUUUUCACGUGAAUUGAAGUAGUUUCCGCCUUUAUUACGUAUGAGAAAUGAUAUCUACGUAUCUAUAUAGGAGACUUGCGUCAACACACGACCUUACGUAUAUAUUUUCUGCAACUGAAACAGGCAGGCUGCAAACAGAAACAUCAAGUGAACGGCGCAGUCUACAUACCACGGUGUUUCUCCAGAGUUCAGUUUUAAGCAGUCGAGGGCCGUAUAGCUGUGAAUAAAAUAUGAUUUAAAAACGAACGCACUUAUCCCACUGCAUUUAAUCCCACUUCCGUGGGCGGUCAUAUUAAACUAAAUACCAAACAAGGAAAAUUUUACUUGAUCUUAAAACACAGAAAAGCAAAUUUAUUGUAAACAAGCCAAUGAACGCACUGCUGGAUUUACCAUACCCUGCGAGCAGAGGCCUCUGCUCGCAGGGUAGAUUUACCACAGAAUGUCAUCUGGUCACGCUUAAAAUUCCGCAAAAAUUAAAAGGAAUUAAUCUACGUAGCUGUUAGAACCACCUUGGGUGGCAUAUAAGAAACAGUAUUCAUCAGAAAAGUACUACUGCUCGGUAGCUUUAAUUUGGUGUAAGGUCACAAUUUGGAUUUCAUGCACAGAUCUAAAGGCUAUGGAACCACUAAGUACCCCAAGAUUAAACUCAACGAAAAAGAAGCAAGUCUGUAAAAAUGCCCUAACAUACAUGUAUGCCUGCAGCUAAAUGUUCCAGGCUUUCGGCUUUUGUGUUGCAUUAAUAUUUUGAAAAAAGAAUCGUUUAACACCAGUCUGUUCGUUCUUUUACGGUCCAAGACAAUUAAAUUCUUCCAUAAAUUUUUGUAGAUAAGACUGCCGUGAAGCUACUAAUUUUUGACGGUGUAGGAGCAGUGAAAAGUCAAUAGCAAGGUAGGGAGAACUUGGUCACGGGGUACAAAAUUCACUUUUGCCGUUUGUCGUGAACGUGAUUUUAGAUCUCUCUAUUUUUUUUAGCAAAGAAAACGUGAUUACGGCGCGCGCAGAAACUCAAAUCCGAAUUGACCUAUAUUGAGCACGGAACUGUCGAGUUUAACUGUCUUCGCAAAAGAUGUCUGCAAAGGAACGCCUUCCUAUCUUCGGCAAGGAAAUUUGUCCGUGAAGAUAGGCGUUCGUGUGCGCGCGCAUUUCGGUUUUUCUAAUCUUCACGACGGCGACGUCACAAACGCAAGACACAAAAGUUUGUUUUUGACUUAGAAAAAGGACGACUGCUCGUCUAGCGGGGAAAAGUACAUUUUUACGUUAAAUUAUCUUAGAUAUGGGAAACUGCAAAUCUCGUUUAUGUACAAAUAUUGACAGCUUGGACGACGAUGAUGAAAUUAUCAAGUCGUACAGUUCCGCAAACUGUUUUCGGCGAGGAAAGAAAAAGAAUUUUUGUAAAGCAACUGUGGUGAAGUCGCCGCAGUUCAGCCCAAAAAGGCAAAUAGAAGAAAUGCAGAAAAGUUCAAGUAUUGAUCCAUCUGAGCUCUGUAUGCGAGGUGAAGGUAUUCAACAAAGUGAAAAGGAAAUUGAGGUUGUGGAUGAAUACAAAGGAGAUUCUAUGCCUAUGUCUAAAAAGAAGAAACAACGCGCCAAGUGCAACGGGCGUGGAAAGAAACAGAGACAGUGGUGCGGUGAAGAAGAUACCAGUCAGGCAAUGGAAAAGAAUUGCAAGCAGGGAGAUUCUCUGAUACAAGACGCAUGCGUAGCAGCCAGUCAAAAUGAUACCAAGCGUAGACUCUGCGCACUGCUGCGCCCAUCAGGAUGGAAACAGUUGUACCACACGGUUACCAAACGUCGCUCGGGCACGGAAACUGGUGAUAGCAAAGAUUUGGGCAAGGCAGCGGACGAGAGAAUUCCUUUCGAUUCCAGUGAAACGUCUACAUCUCACGGGCUAAGAUCCCUUAGUGGUAAACUGCUUUGUCUUGAGGACGGCAAUGAAAGCUUAGAUGACAGCGAUAGUGAUAUCAGUACUGAGUUUCCCAUCGAGAAACGCUUGGCGAAAUGUCGCAAACACUGCGAGCGGAUGAGAAAACAUUUCGAGCGUGCGAUGAAUUUACCGCGUACCACGUUACCGUUAGACGGGCCCCGGUCGCCUUCUUUAAACUUUAGCGACAUCGAUUUGGAUUCUUUGAGUAGUGGUGAGAUAGUCGGGUUUCAAACCAACCCCUUUCAUGUCCAUCAAAGGGCAAGCGACACUGGCAGCGAAUCGAGCGUACUGCAAAGAAUUAGCGAUCACCUGGAACGCUAUCGAUUAGCGCUAGGACUGUCUUCUUCACCGAUAAGCGACGUACUUGGGGAUUCUUCAAGUGAAUCUGAAAGUGACUCAAGCCGAGUUUUACGACUACGAGAGCAAGUCGAAGAAUAUCGCCGAUGGCUGGAUCUAAGAAGCCCGAUAAAUUCCGGUUCAACCACUCCACCUACGCCGGUAGAGAAUCUAUUGGACUUCUACGACUGUAAUUCCUCUACUUGGGUUUCUGAAAGCAGCGACCCCGCCCCUGAUAGAAUGCAGAGGCCGGUGCGCGUGCGCAGAGACAGAGACUCUAUUGAGGGAUCGGUUUCCAGUAGUGACGACGAUAAUGAAGUGGAAGUUUGUGAAGGCAGUUCCUGGAAUCCUACAACAAGAUCAUGGAAUUCCUUUUCAAGAACCGGAGCCGGUAAUCCAAGACACGGGGGUCUAGCCUCAAGGCUUUUGGACCAGGCUUCCCGUUUCUGGAAUCUAGGCACAAGAACCUCCACUCUUUCUGGGACAACAAGUCCACAAAGUCAGAGAAGAAAUGUCUUCAGAGAACUUUUUCGCAGAGCCAGGAGAAACUCUGGUACUGUCAGCCCCAUACAUUAG